GGCUGGCGGCCCCGGAGGUCGGCGUGGCUCGGGGGCGCGCGCUUUUUGGCUGCAAACCGACGGCGGCGAGCGCGUCCCACGCCCCUCCCGCUGUGCGUUAACCGAGCUGCAGGCGAGCACAUCGGCCGCCCCGCUGGAACCUCUGCGCCCGAGUGCCACAAGGACCUGUUCCUGUCAAUCACUGAAUCCAAAAGGAAGUUACUUAUUUUAAAAAUAAUAAUAAUAGCAUAAUGAGGCAUUGCCCCGUCUGCAGACUGCCUGGGAGAGUGAUGGGGGUCCGGGUGCUCCGUUUCUCAUUGGUGGCCGUCCUCGUGUUGCUCCUGGUAGCUGGGGCCUUGACCAAUUUACUUCCCAAUAUCAAAGAAGACAAGAUGCUCACUUUGCGAAGGGAGAUGAAAUCCCAGGGCAAGACCGCUCCGGAUUCUUUUACUCUCAUCAUGCAGACGUACAACAGAACGGAUCUCUUACUGAGGCUGUUAAAUCACUACCAGGCGGUGCCACAUCUGCACAAAGUGAUUGUGGUAUGGAACAACGUUGGCGAGAAGGGACCAGACGAGCUGUGGAAUUCUCUAGGGCCUCACCCUGUCCCUGUGCUCUUCAAACAGCAAGUGGCAAACAGAAUGAGGAAUCGUCUCCAGGCCUUCCCUGAAGUGGAGACCAGCGCGGUGCUGAUGGUAGAUGAUGACACACUCAUUAGUGCCCAGGACCUUGUUUUUGCUUUCUCGGUUUGGCAGCAAUUUCCUGACCAAAUCGUAGGAUUUGUGCCGAGAAAGCAUGUCUCUACGUCGUCAGGUAUUUAUAGCUACGGAGGAUUUGAACUGCAGACGCCGGGCUUUGGCAGUGGAGACCAGUACUCCCUGGUGCUGGUCGGGGCUGCGUUCUUCAGCAGCAGCUAUCUCGAGCUCUUCCAGAACCAGCCCGCAGCCAUCCAUGCUUUAAUAGACGAAACCCAAAACUGUGACGACAUCGCCAUGAAUUUUAUCGUUGCUAGGCACACUGGGAAGGCCUCGGGGCUGUUUGUGAAACCUGUACACAUGGUCAAUUCCGAGAAAGAAACCAACAGCGGCUAUUCCGGAAUGUGGCAUCGAGCCGAGCACUUCCUGCAGCGAUCUUACUGUAUAAAUAAGCUUGUUAAAAUCUACGACAACAUGCCGUUAAAAUACUCCAACAUUAUGAUUUCCCAGUUUGGUUUUCCCUAUGCCAACCACAAAAGUAAAAUGUGAAAGGAAAAGAAAACCUGCAGACGGCUAAGUAUUUGGAUAGCUUCUCCAGGCUAUGUAUUUUUGUUUUUAAGCAACAUUGUGAACUUUUAUCUAGUCCAGAAGUCUCUACAAUAGAAAGACAUGCAGCCCUUCUAAGAUGUAAAAGUCACAAUCACCUCAAGAGCAGCAAAGCCAGUUUUCUCUACACAGGUCUUCGCACAAAAUGUGGUCACUCAAGGUUGCCUGUCUCUGUAGUCAGCAGUUUUAUUGUUUGCAGCCUGAGGCUGUUCAGCGAUUCAUUGAUUCCUGGCGUUUAGCUUGAGGACUGAGAGCACGCCAUUUGCAGGAUUGGAAACUCCAGAGAGGGCUUUUUUAGCUUUCUCACUGAGAGGGACUAUCCGAAUUUCAGCCUGAAAUGCCCCCUUAGCAACAGCUUGCUGUGCAGGGAGAAGCCCUGGGACGGAGCGGUGUCGCCACACGUGAAGCCCAGGAAAGCUGUGCUUAGCUCCUGGCUUGUACGUGUCCUGACCCGAUUCACUGCACAGCACGGUUAGAUGCAGCCGUCGUGGUAGGUGCUUUGACUUUUGUAGAGAAGUCUGUUGUAACCAGGAUAGGCUCUAAGGGACAUCUGGUUGUUUACCUGAGCUUCGUG